UCGAGGGAGAAGUGAUUGGAUCCACUGUACUACUACAAUUAUUGAUUUCUUCCUCAACUUGCUUGCUAAGGAUGUCAACUUACUACACGGGCGGCCGAAACCCUAGCGCCGCCGCCCCCUCCCUCCACUCCAUCCCACCUCGCCGUCACCAGAGGGCGCCGCCGGAUGUCCGCGCGGCCCCAAGGAAGGUGGCGGCGAGGCGAUUUUUCUCUGGUUUGGUCGCGUCUGCCCGGAUCUAGUCGGGUUCCAGGAGGUGGCAGCGGCGUGUGUGGGGCGGCGACCCUUCGCCGGCGCGGCUCAGCCUCGGCGGCAUCCUGGCGGCAGUGAGCGCGACGUUCGUAUGGCACAUCCGGGCGUUGCGGGUCCUGGAUGGGUGUUCGCGCAGCAGGGGGGCAUGCGGCCGGCCGUGGGUCGCAGGCGCGGAGAAGGUGCUGUCUGGCGCCCCCAGGGCAGGGAGCGGCGCCGCGCGUGGAGGUCUGGAAUCUAGUGCGCGUGGGGUUCGCGGCCUCCGCGUGCCAGCCUUCGGAGGCGUCGACAGGCUGGUCCCGGGCAUGUGCCGGGGUGGUGUUCGGCGUGGUGCGUCGGUGGGCCUGCGCAGUCGACCGGAUUGGCGGUGGCGGGACCUCCACUCGUCUGCGUCUACGAUGAGGUGGUCGGCGUCUUGAUCUGCGUUGGGUUGGUUGGAUCUGCGGGCUGUCUGCCCGGAUCUGGGGGGCUGGUCGCCUUCCGCCGCUCCUCCCUGUUGCUGGCUUGGGCGGGUGGCCUUGCGGCUGCUGCGGCGGUGCCUGCGCGCUCGCGUGGUCGUAGCUGGUCUGCGGCGUCGGCACCCACGCGUGCGGCUGGCGCGCUGUGGUGGCGGCGUGGCUUGCCUGUACUUGCCUUGGUCGGGGCGUUGGCCGUCGCCGGAUCUGCAGCUGUCUGCGGCGCCUUCUGCAGGGGCGGCUAGCUCCGUGCGUUGGGGCGUGUGGUGGGAGGGCCUCUGGCGAAAGCCAUGCCCGCUUGCGGGCGGACAGCGGUGACGCCCGCGGGCGCCACCCCUGCCCUAUUGAGGGUGCUGUCCUUGGACCUCUCACCACAAUGCGGGAACCCUCGCCUCGGCCUUCUUGGGGACUUUCGCUGGUGCUCGUCCGACGUUGGGGCUCUGAAGGUUGGGGUUGCUGGGUUGGUGGGUCGGCGGACGACAGGAGGUCUUCGGAGGAAACUUUGCUUGGUUGGUACCAGGCGGGCGGCGACGACUUUUCGACUUCGUUUCUCCUUCUUGAAGGCACAGCCCAGAAGACCUCUAGUUUGUGUGUUCGUCGGCGUUGUGGAGGCUCUUUGUCACUCCGCUUGGCUCGGUGGUGUCGGGGCCAUUGUCGCUUUAGGCGUCUGUUUUCUCCCGGAGUUCGGCGUUGUGGAUCUUUGCUCGUGGCGAAGAAUCGGAGCUGCCUCGUGUGGGGUGUGCGAGGCUUGGCAACGAUGGCGCGCCGUGAUCUUAUUCCUUGCGUCGGUGUCUGGAUUUAGGCGUCGUCGAGUUGCUUUGGCAGUGUGCGGCUCGUCUUGGGGAGUCGGAGCUGCUCGUCCCUUGUGUUUGAGCUUGGCAACAAUGACUCUAGAUGUGUUUGUGUGUGUGAGGCUGCUGUUGUCUAGGUGGUUUGUUAGGGCCUUCACCGGUUUUUCUACCGUGCGCCCUGUGUAGGUUUUGGGUCCGGUUUUCCUUAAAACUGGAUCAAUUCUAUUCUUCUUAAUUGAGAGGCAGAGCUCCUGCCAUUAUGUUC